UUUCAGAAUGAGGAGAGCUGCAGUUUUUCCGGCGUUGCUGCUCUGUCUGCUCUGGACGGGGGCUCAGGGUGAGGAUGGAGGGGGGACAGGGAAGAAAGAGGGGGAGCUUGAUAUCCAAGGAGCCCAGGAUCAGAGCAGCAGUCAGACCCAGGUGAGCACUGACGUCUGGGCUGAGCUGAAGGAGCUCAGAGACAUGGCCAUCGAACACAGGAUCAAGAUCCAGAGUCUGGAGCAAGACAACACAGCCACACAGGUCAGACUGACAGCCAGCGAGAGCAAGAAUGCAGUUCUAGAGUCCAGGAUGAGCUCCAGUGAGAAGGAGGUGGAGGAGCUCCAGAGAGAGAUCACAGAUCUCCUGGCUCGAGUCACAGCGAGUGAGAAUAAGAGCACAGCUUUAGAGUCCAGGAUGAGCUCCAGUGAAAAGGAGGUGGAGGAGCUCCAGAGAGAGAACGCAGUUCUAGAGACCAGGAUGAGCUCCAGUGAGAAGGAGGUGGAGGAGCUCCAGAGAGAGAACGCAGAUCUCCUGGCUCGAGUCACAGCGAGUGAGAAUAAGAGCACAGUUCUAGAGACCAGGAUGAGCUCCAGUGAGAAGGAGGUGGAGGAGCUCCAGAGAGAGAACGCAGAUCUCCUGGCUCGAGUCACAGCGAGUGAGAAUAAGAGCACAGCUUUAGAGUCCAGGAUGAGCUCCAGUGAAAAGGAGGUGGAGGAGCUCCAGAGAGAGAACGCAGAUCUCCUGGCUCGAGUCACAGCGAGUGAGAAUAAGAGCACAGUUCUAGAGACCAGGAUGAGCUUCAGUGAGAAGGAGGUGGAGGAGCUCCAGAGAGAGAACGCAGUUCUAGAGGCCAGGAUGAGCUCCAGUGAGAAGGAGGUGGAGGAGCUCCAGAGAGAGAACGCAGAUCUCCUGGCUCGAGUCACAGCGAGUGAGAAUAAGAGCACAGCUUUAGAGUCCAGGAUGAGCUCCAGUGAAAAGGAGGUGGAGGAGCUCCAGAGAGAGAACGCAGACCGUCCUCAGGUGGCGUUCUCAGCCGGUCUCACUGAUGCAGGAUCAGUCGGACCCUUCACCACUCCAACCACACUGAAGUACAGUAAAGUCUUCACCAAUAUCGGCCAGGCCUACAACCCAACUACAGGUAUCUUCACAGCCCCCGUCAGAGGAGUCUACUACUUCAGAUUCAACGUGUGGGAGAACCGCGAUUUAGUUUGGACCGCUGUUGAACUCUAUCACAACGACCAGAGAAAGAUGAGGCUUUCAGAUCACAAUGAUGGCUCUGGCUUGGUCUCUGCGUCUAACUCAAUGGUUCUUCAGCUGGAGAAGGGAGAUGUUGUCUACAUCGUUCUCUCUCUCAACUACGCCGUUUGGGAUGAUUCUCAUAAUCGCAUGAUUUUCAGUGGAUUUCUUCUCUUUCCUCAGUGAAGCCCACUGUAAAACACCCACUGCAUUAAGUUUCAACAUUACAUAUUAAUAAAGAAGUGUGUUGACUCAAUUUA